AUGUUGAGUGGACAAACGGCGGUUAGUGGCAGCAGCAGCAGCAGCAGCAGCAGCAUCGUCAGCCGCGGCGUCGAGCAGGGGAGCGGGAGCGGGGAGCAGCAGCAGCACCAGCGGCUGCCGAUCGAGGAGGAAGAGGAGGAGCCAGAGUUCAGGGACAUCCACGCGCUGAGCCCGCCCCGCGCGCUGAGCCUGUACCGCCGGAGCCGGCCGGGCAGCAGGGACUCGUGGGGGUCUGCGGCGGGGGCAGGGGGGAGCAGACACACGUCGAUCCGCUCCGUCGGGAGCGACACCGCCCCCAGCGAGCUCUUCCCUACUAUGAGCAGGGAGUUCUCGGCCAUGGUCGCCGCAGCAGCCAGCGCUAACGCCUCGUCCUCCGCCGCGGCGGGCCACAGGGAGAGCGUGGACCGCGCGGCGAACGAGGACGCGCUGGGGAGGAUCGGCGAGGAGGAGCUGGAGGAGACGAACCCGCUGGCCAUCGUGCCGGACAGCAACCCCAUCCCGUCGCCGCGCCGGGGGCUGUCGCCGCGCCCGGUGGAGGUGGCGGCGCCCGGUGCCGGUGCCGGACAGGGCGACGAGGUGUCGGUGGGGCAGGUGAAGAAGGGCGAGGUGGAGACCAAGAUCGCGGCGUGGCAGAUCGCGGAGGUCGCCAAGGUCAACAACCGCUUCAAGCGCGAGGAGGUGGUGAUCAACGGGUGGGAGGGCGACCAGGUCGAGAAGGCCAGCGCAUGGCUCAACAAGUACGAGUGCGUGCAGAGGAAGCUGGAGGAGAAGCGGGCCAAGGCGAUGGAGAAGGCGCAGAACGAGGUGGCCAGGGCCCGGCGGAAGGCGGAGGACAAGCGCGCGUCGGCGGAGGCCAAGAGGGGCACCAAGGUGGCGCGCGUGCUGGAGCUCGCCAACUUCAUGCGGGCCGUCGGGAGGGCGCCCACCAAGCGCUCCUUCUUCUGA